AUGAGGCUCUCGAUCGUGCCGCUUGGCAGCGCUGCCGCCGUCCUGCUCGCUAUCCAACAGGCGGCCGCCAUUCGUGUGGCGGAUCACCAGGACCCGAUGAAGCCUGCUGAGCCAGAAGUGCCGCCGACAUGUAGCGACAAAUCACUGGAGCUCGCGGUUGCGGCACCCAACAGCGGCACAGCCUUCAGGUGCCCUGCGAACUAUUCGCUUCUCCCUUCGUACUCCGACAGCAAGACACUGGUGUUCUACAAGGAGAAGCCGGAGAGCCUGUCGAGCAUCCUUCCCGACGCCAAGCUCACGGAGAAACCUGUUCCCGAAAAGGCUCGCUCGGGACCUCAAGAGACUAACGCGUCCGGCGCUAUCGCCUCGGGUUCCGAGGGCGAUGUGAAAGAAUACACACUUUCCGUCACUGCGCUGCCGCAGGAGAAGAAGGUUUUGACCCUCAAAUGCGGCCCCUCGCCAAACACACAGCCAGCAGUCGCGAGUAACCAGGAUACUGAUCAGGAGCCAAAAGAGUGCGUAGUCACUAUUACGGUGGCGUCAACUGGUGCGUCUACUGGAUUUCGCCCAGCAGUUGGAGCAAGCGCUGUCACCGGACUCCUCUCCAUGGCUGUCGCCGGCGCACUUCAACUCCUUGCAUGA